GUGAGAAUCUGGAGAAGAAGAGGACGACGUUCCUGAGUUUUCUUGGCCAAGCAUUUUGAUUUUUACAUGCGUGUGAUCUAGAGUAGAGGAACCAACAUCCAGCAGCAAUGGAGCGGUGUCCGACAACAUCGUCAGCUGUCGCGAGGAGGCGUCUGUGUCGUUGCUGAUUUAUUCUGCUGAGCUUGCCACCAGCUCUUGCUCACUGACGACUUCCACGCUGAUUCAGCUCAAAACGUGACGUCGGAUUCCUGAGCUAUGACGUCGUCCAUACCGGUCGCCGGCAGCUGGAACAGUGGGGCGAAUCCCACCACCAACGGCGCUGGCGGUGCGUCUUGCAACGGAGGACUGACGGGCAAGUACGACGGCGGCGGCGGCGGAGACGCGGAGUCGUACGUUUCCGCGGGCCUGUUGUCGGCGAGCAGUCCCGACCGCCUGGCGCCCGCCUGCUGCUGCCCGCUGGCCGUCGCCAUUCCGCUCUACUCGCGCGCUGCAGCGCCCGCAUUCCUGGCCAGCAAUCCGUUCCUGCACCGCGGCUAUCGCGUGUCUCUCUCCUACAGGGACUGCGUGAGAAGCAUGUUUGUGUGGACAAACGAAACGUUGAACAUCUGGACUCAUCUUCUCGGCUUUCUCUAUUUUGCUGGUCACCUGGUGUACUGCAAUGCGUACGUGCUUCCGGCUCAACCAGGAACAACAUUCUAUGACCAUGUUGUCAUCUCGGCUUUUCUGAUGUGCGCCAUGACCACCAUGCUCUUAUCGGCGCUGUACCACACGUUUGGAUGCCACUCGGAGGCCGUGUUUCGAUUCUGGCUGAGGCUGGACCUGUGCGGCAUCAUGCUCAGCACCUGGGCCACCUACUUCGUCGGCUUCUUCUACGGCUUCUACUGCUUUGCGAUUUGGCAAACGGUAUACUGUGGUAUGUUGAUUCUGCUCACGCCCGCAAUUGCCGCGUUUGUCCUGCGCCCAAGCUUUCUGGCAGACAAACGACACCGCGCUCGCACCUGCGCUUUUGCGCUCGUGAUAUUUAUCAGCAUCCUGCCGUUGUCUCACUGGAUCCUGUUGAACGAUGGCUUCAGUCAUCCGGACGUGCAGCUCUUUGUCCAGGACGUGGUGAUUCAGUGGCUGAUUCUUGGUGCUGGUGUGACGGUGUUCGCUUUCAAGAUCCCAGAGAAACUUUGGCCAGGCACAGUGGACAUGAUCGGCUCCAGCCAUCAGCUCUGGCAUUGCUUGAUGGUGGCGGCACUGUGGCACUCCUACCACGCUACGCUCAAGGCCGUCGCACACUACCAAGGUGCGCCCUGCGGUGCUCGCGCAUCGUCCCCGUUGGCGCUGGCAACCCAUCCGCUCUGAGCUGCAUGCUUGGCCAACGCUGGCCCUGGCCUGCAUGACACCCCGUCCGCACUGAACGGCUUGCAACGUCACCGGUUGGCAACCCAUCCGCACUGAGCUGCUUGCGUAGCCAACGGUUACGUUAGCGCUGGGCUUUGCACGGGGUCCAACUGUAGCCUACUGGUGCAGUGGUAGCACACACGCCCACGACCAGAGAGCUAUGCCGGGAUAGUGACCGGUGCAGUCAGAAACAAACCAAUGUCCAGAGAAGUGCUAUGGAACAGUCAGACCUCGCAUAACCGCACACAUCCGUUUUUUCGGAACUUUUUCCACACAAAUAUCUGGAUAGGCAAGGGAACCGGACAGUCCAACAUACAUACUGUAUGUAUGGAUGACAUAUGCUGUAAAUCGGUAACCAGCGAUAUUCUUCCGGAUGACGAGGGAUCCGGAUAAAAGAGGACCGGAUAAGCUAUGGACCUGGUAGUAUUGGUGAUGACCGGUACAGUGAACCGCAGGGCUAGUGCACAAGCCCGUGCCGCGGAAACACCCGUGCAGGUCUGGCAGGCACUUUAACCGGACAGCCAAUAGCGCAAUGCCAUUGAAUACCGCUUCAGUGCGAUGCGCUCAGUUUGUUCGUGCUGCAAGUUCAUCCCGGCGGCACACUUCCCAUUCUCUGAUCUCUGACGAAUCGGGGUAAAAGAAGACUCGUGUACGCUGUCACUAUGUCGGGCAGCACAACUCGAGCUCUUCACUGACUGAUCAGAUUCAUUUUUAUUAACUAACUACUUGCAACAAGCACAUUGUACUUCGUCCCGGGUUACAUGUAGUCUUUUACACUGUACAUACCAUAAUAUCAGUGUUGAAGAAAUAUGCUUCAAAUAGCCCUGGAGAACUUCACGCUGGCUACGCUAGCCACUGCGCUGAUAGCAUUGAUCUGUGCCCCAGUUGAAGCAAUGGCCCGCUUGCCCCCCCCCCCCCCCCUCCCUUCGUCCCAUUCCCAGCAAUACCCACUCAUCCUUGAGGUUUGUUUGUUGUUUGUAUUCUUUAUUAAUUGUAGACGUUGGGUUGCAUCUGGGAUUAUUACCAUGGUUGUUGACAAUGAUUCUUUAUUCUCACAAUGGCACCAUCGCCAAUAAGACGGUUACUGAUGCUAUUGCUGUUACAAGUACCUAGCAAGAAGCUGUACAGGGGUUUCCCACAUGUUUUUAUUAUAACUUUCAUAUUCUUGGAAUUGCAAGUUCAAAGGCAGAUACAUGCAGAUGCGGCCUGAUGUGGGAAUCUCAGCGAAUGAAUGAUGCAUGGAAGAUCAUGACAGCCGGGAGGAAAAAUGAGACGUAAUCUUAUACAGUCACACUGCUCUGCCCCGUUUUAUGUUGAUUGCAUUUU